AUGGAGAAAGAUGAAUGUGGGAAACCGGUAGAAAAAAUGAAUGAAACUAGCAAGAUACAGCUCAAAAGAACCAUAGGAUAUUUGGAAGGUGUUAGCUUUGUAGUGGGGACGAUUGUAGGGGCAGGGAUUUUUGUCUCUCCUACUGGGGUGCUGAAAUAUUCAGUGCUCAAUGUUGGUAUUGCAUUGAUUAUCUGGACUGCUUGUGGCAUCAUAUCUUUGAUGGGUGCCCUGUGUUAUGCAGAGCUUGGCACAGCUCUACCAUUUUCUGGAGGCGAAUACAGCCACAUCAAGAGAGCCCUUGGCUCUCCUUUGGCUUUCAUCUUCUUGUGGGUAGCGAUGUUCAACAAACCGGCCUCAAAUGCUGCCCGGGCAUUACUGUUUGCUGAGUACGCCAUCCAGCCUUUCUAUGGUGAGUGCCUGGCUCCAGAACUGCUCAAGAAAUGCUUGGCACUGGCUGUUGUCUGGUUCCUUGGGAUUAUCAAUGGGAGAAGCGUUAAGAUGGCAGCUUGGGUACAAACAGUAUUUACAAUCCUGAAGAUGUUGGCUCUGUCUAUAAUUGCAAUCGGUGGGAUCGUCCUGUUGAUAAAAGGAAGAAAAGAAAACCUGGCAAGGUUUGAGAACGCCUUCAAUGCAGAUAUUCCUGAUGUUGCACAACUGGCCGAAGCAUUUUUCCAAGGACUGUAUGCAUACGGGGGCUGGUGGUCUCUCAAUUAUUUGGCAGAGGAAGUGAAAAACCCCAACAGAAACAUUCCUUGGAUUGUGAUGACUGCAGUUCCUGCAGUAACCAUAUUUUAUUUGCUGGUAAAUAUUUCGUACCUGACAGUUCUCACACCAAAGGAAAUGGUUUCCUCAGUUGCUGUAGCGGUUACGUGGGCUAACAGAGUAAUCCCCUCAGUGGCUUGGAUGAUUCCUACAGCUGUGGCUAUUUCGAUAUUUGGUGCCCUCAACAGCAGCGUGUUUACACUUGGACGGUUAAGCUACGCCGGGAGUCAAUCUGGACAUUUGCCCAGCAUAAUAUCCAUGCUUAACAUCCAGUACUGCACUCCAGCACCUGCCAUGAUUUUCUCAACUAUUAUUGCAUCCAUUUUUAUUAUCCCAUCAGAUCUAAUCACUUUAACCAACUAUUUUAGUUUCUCCAUUUGGCUCAUGACUGGAUUAACGUGCACCAGCCUGAUAGUCCUCCGAUACCGAGAACCUGAUCUUCACAGACCAUACAAGGUUUUUUUACCAGUUGCCUUCGGGAUGGUGGCAGUUUCACUGUUCUUAGUUUUAGCGCCUGUCGUCUGGUCUCCAAAGAUGCAGUAUGUAUAUGCAUUCCUUUUCAUGGUUGGCGGACUUCUCUUAUAUCUGCCUUUUGUACAUUUUAAAAUACAUUUUGGAUUUUUUGACAAAAUUACCUGCUGCCUGCAGUUGCUGCUGGAGGUUUCACCUGCUGAUAGCAAAUCCAACUAA